UGGAUUAUUCGGGGGUUUUAGCCCUGCCUCUCUCUCCCUCUCUCUCGCAACAAAAGCAAAAGAGAGAAACCUCUCGUCUUCUAACCCCUUCCAUAGCAACCGACAUUUCUAAACCCUCUAUUCAAAUCUCUAAAAUUCCUUCCUUUACCUUCUCAAAUCCCUCCUCUUAACUGGGUUUCUUCAAUGCAUCCUUUCAAUCCACCAACACUCGGAAAAACCCAUUCUUUCUGUGGAUUUUCAGCUUUCAGACCCAGUCCCCACUCUUCAAAUCGAUUCGUAAAGAAACCAUCAUGGGAUAACACAAAUCGGUUGAAUUUCAUUCUAAAAAUCCCAUCUUGGACCCCUCCCGCUAUCCCCAGUGGCAGAAAAGAGCUCUGCAUUUCGGCACAUUUCAGUCGGGUUUCCAAGCGGCGGAACUCGUUGAGGAGAAAGCUCGUUGAAGAAGGGAAGGUGCGUAGCAAUCCGAAUUCCUAUAUCCUGGACCCCAAUUCGAAUAACCCGAACUACGUUCCUGCCGAAAACAAAAAACCCCAAUUGGCUUCACCUUACGUUAAUGAAGAAGACAGUGUUUAUAUAGGCAGCGAAGGAGAUGAUAUCGAGAGUGUGACUGUAGAAAAAUCGAAUAUUUUUGGGGAAUCUGUUCUGUGGAGUAGAUUGGAGAAUUGGGUCGAUCAGUAUAAGAAGGAUAAUGAGUAUUGGGGAACUGGGUCAGGCCCGGUUUUCACGGUUUUUGAAGAUUCAGACGGUAAUGUCAGUCGGGUUUCUGUUAACGAGGAUGAAAUCAUCAGGAGGCAUGAACUCGGUGGAGAUGCAGUAGAUGUGAAUUCAAAGAUUGCACGGGCAAAGCUCAUCGCUAGAGAGGUUGAGAUCAGGGAAUAUGAAUUCCCAAAGAACAGCUCGAUUGCUAAGUUUGUUGUCGAGGGUGAUCGAUCUUUUACCAUCAAUCGGGACUGGUCUGCUACUCUUCGGGGUGAUUUGUUUCCAAGGCUGUCACGGAUUGGGUUCGCGAUGGUGUGUGGUUGCUUUGUUUUUUGGACAUUGAAGAAGAUGUUCAUGGCCAGAAAUGAUGGGGUGGAAUUGACAAGUUUGGAGAAGGAAAUGCUGAGGAGGAAGAUGAGAUCGAGGAUGGAGAAAGGGAAGAUGGAGGGCAGUAAUGUGGAAGUUCUUCCAAGUGAUUUGGUGUUCAAGUCACAAGUGGGACCCAUUGAAAGGCCUCAGUUGGAUAAGCAUGAACUUAUGAAGAGCAUUCUGGGAGCAAAGGCAUCGAGUGAGAAUUUGGCGAUUCCAGAUUCCUCUGGUAGUAUCACUGCUAAUGACUGGGGUUUUGAUGAUAAAAUCCUAGAAAUUCAAGAAAUGGCAAGGCGGGCCCGGGAACUUGAGCGGCAAGAUCCUUCACAACAUGAUAGUGACAGAGAUGAUGGCAGUGUAUCCGACAUAUUGCAGGCUGUUAAGGUCAAAACCAGCGUAGACGAGUCCAAUGCUGAUGAAAAAGCUGAUGCAGCAGUAGAAGGGUUGAACUCAGAUGGUGUCUCUGAAAGUCAAUCACAUCUUGAUGUGAGGGGUAAUGAGGAUUUGGUGGUGGAGAUAGAAGACGGUAAGAUGGAUGGAGAGAAGGGUGCCGACUUUCUAAAGAUCCUUUCAAAACCUUUAUCUGCAGACUAUCGUAAGACAGAUGGUACAGAAUGCUUCAAUGAAAUUUUGGCUGAUGCAGAGUAUAGUGAUUCUUUAAGUAAUACUAGGACUUCAAGUGAGGAGGUUACGAAAGAUGAGCUGAAAGUCAUACGGGAUCCAAAUGAGAGGGAGAUUGGUACCCUUCAUACAUUGGACACCGGAGAAGAGACAGAGUCCCGAAAAGCCCCCAACCAUAAAUCAUCUUCUUCAAGCAAAAUUUCUGUCCAGAUGAAGCCCAGGAUCAUACGAUCCGUUGAAGAAGCUAGGAACUACCUCUCUCAGACGCGUGGUAGUCUUACAGAUGAAGGGAAGCCUCUACAUGAAUCUCGAAUCAAAAGCCUGCCUAUUGGUCCUCAUGUCUGUAGUCCUUCAAAUGAGGAAGAACUCAAUGGCAAAGCAAUUCAGGCCAUCGAGAAAACCCAAAUUUCUGAAUCUUCAAAUGACGAAGAACCUAGCACCAAGGGAAGCUGUGCAAUCAAUGGAAAAAACCAGAUUUCUGAAUAUGCAAACUUGGAUGAGAUGUCAGAUCCUACAUUUGUCAAGAAUGCUUCUGAAGAUUUCACUUUGGAUAAAGAGGGGUUGGAGAGUGACACCCUGCAUUCCUUGCCCAACUCAACUGCUUUUUCUGAAAGUUUAAAACCAUCUGCAACAUUGAAUGCUGCAUCUUUGCGCAAAGAUGGUACAGAUAAAAGGCAUGAAGUGAACUAUCUUUCUACAUCCAGAACAAGUUCUCAGGAUUCGACUGCUGUGGAUAACCUUGCAGAUGCAAAAUCGCUUAAAGUUGAGCAGAGUUGGAUAGAAAAAAAUUUCCAGGAAUUCGAGCCUAUUGCUAAGAAGAUUGGAGUUGGUUUUCAAGAGAACUUUAUGGCGGCAAAAGAGAAUGUGCAAGAUCUGUCAAAUUCGAGUGCCGAUAUAACUCAAUUGGGGUUUAAAGAAGACGAUGAUGAACUUGGAUGGAUGAAGGAUGAUGAUCUUAGGGAAAUUGUGUUUCAAGUACGUGAAAACGAGUUGGCAGGGCGGGACCCCUUUCACUUGAUGGAUGCUGAAGAUCAAAGUGCAUUCUUCAAAGGUCUCGAGAGGAAAGUUGAGAUAGAGAACGAGAAGCUAUUGGGUUUGCAUGAAUUGGUCCAUUCAAGGGUUGAAAAUCUAGACUAUGGAGCAGAUGGCAUUAGCUUGGAUGAUCCACCAGAGAAAAUAAUACCCCGUUGGAAAGGCCCACCGCCAGAUAAAGACCCAGAAUUUCUCAAUAACUUCGUGGGACAACAGAAGGUGUCCUUUGCUGAAAACCUGGGAAUGUCCCACCCUGCAAACAGGGAUAUACAGGACGGCCUUCAGGAAUCCAAAGAACCAUCUUCAGAUGCCACUUCCCCUUCCUCAGGAGUUGGUAAUCUACGGAAGAUAUCUGAGAGUGGUGCUUCUACGAAUCCCAAGACAGUUAUAGAGGGCAGUGAUGGGUCUACCAGAGCUGGCAAAAAAUCAGGGAAAGAGCAUUGGCAGCACACAAAGAAAUGGUCCCGCGAGUUCCAGGAAGUUUACAAUGCAGAGACAGACCCAGAGAUAAAAUCCGUAAUGAAGGAUAUGGGAAAGGAUUUGGACAGAUGGAUUACCGACAAAGAAAUACAGGAAGCAGCCGAUUUGAUGACCCGUAUUCCCAAAAGGAGGCGAAGGUAUAUAGAGAAGAAAUUGGACAAGCUUAAAAGAGAGAUGGAAAUGUUCGGACCACAAGCGGUAGUCAGUAAAUACCGGGAAUAUUCAGAAGAAAAAGAAGAAGAUUAUCUGUGGUGGUUAGAUCUUCCCUUUGUACUGUGCAUUGAACUAUACACAAAUGAAGACAAUGUCCAAAGGGUAGGAUUUUAUUCGUUGGAGAUGGCUGUGGAUCUCGAGUUGGAACCGAAGCAGCACCAUGUCAUUGCUUUCGAGGACCCUGGAGAUUGUAAAAAUCUUUGCUAUAUCAUACAGGCUCAUAUGGAUAUGCUCGGAAAUGGCCGUGCUUUCGUGGUUGCACAACCUCCCAAGGAUGCUUUUCGGGAAGCCAAAGCCAACGGAUUCAAUGUAACGGUGAUCAGAAAGGGGGAGCUCCAACUCAAUGUGGAUCAAACACUGGAAGAGGUGGAAGCUGAAAUAACUGAAAUUGGAAGCAAAAUGUACCAUGAUAAGAUCAUGCAGGAACGCUCCGUGGAUAUGGGCGCCUUAAUGAAGGGUGUAUUCAGCGCUGGUAAAACCACCAAGAGAAGGCCCGGACGGAUGCUCGCUAGACCUCCCAAGAGCUGAACAAUGCUAUUUCAAAGCAGUGCGAGGACCCAUUGGCGUGAAUUUUCUCUCUAUGGUAGUUCAUCUCCAUCAUGUGCCCCUUAUGCACCCAACAGGUGGGCCAUAUGUGUAUGUAUGUAGGAUGAAAUAUGCUGUGAGUUGAAUAUAGACUGUAGAUUGUCCUUAGUCCGGCUAUGUUUCCUAUGAGUUUCCCUUUCUACACAUGACAAAAGAAGUUGCAUUUCUUUGCUCCAAAACUGCAGCCUCAACUGGUAUAUGUGUUUUUCUAGUUCCUCAGGUGAAAACCACAGAAAUGUGGCUACAUGUGCAUGUUGUUGCAUGGCCAUCAUAGCAUGGAUGUAUGUAUGUAAACUUAAAUGCAUGUCCUUGAUGGUAUCCAUACGUCUGAUAGAUAGAAUAUGAA